AUGGGAGAGUACUCAAAAGCACUUUCAUAUUACGAAAAAGCACUUGAAAUUAAACAAAAAACUCUUCCUUCAAAUCAUCCGUCAUUGGCUACUUCGUACAAUAGCAUCGGUUUGGUGUAUGACAACAUGGGAGAGUACUCAAAAGCGCUUUCAUAUUAUGAACGUGCUCAGGACAUAAACCAGCGUACAUUACCUCCAACUCAUCCUCAUAUAAAAAUUACGAAAGAGAAUAUUGAAAUUGUAAAAAAGAAAUUAUAA